AUGUUCAGAAACAACUACGACAACGACUCGGUGACAUUCUCUCCCCAAGGCCGCAUCUUCCAAGUCGAGUAUGCCUCCGAAGCCGUCAAGCAGGGGAGCGUAGUCGUGGGAAUAGUCAGCAAGACGCAUGCAGUUCUGGUAGCUCUGAAGCGCAACGCCGAAGAGCUCUCCUCCUACCAAAAGAAAAUCCUCGCCAUCGACUCGCACCUGGGCGUCGCGCUCGCGGGUCUCGCAUCCGACGCCCGCGUGCUCUCGAAUUUCAUGAAAUCGCAGACCCUCUCCUCGCGCCUGACCUACGGCCGCGCCUUGCCCGUGUCACGCGUUGUCUCGGCCAUCGGCGACCGCGCGCAGACGAACACCCAACACUACGGCAAACGCCCCUACGGCGUCGGCCUGCUGGUCGCCGGCGUCGACGACACGGGCCCGCACCUGUUCGAGUUCCAGCCGAGCGGCAUGACGCAGGAGAUGGUGGCAUGCGCCAUCGGUGCCCGCAGUCAGAUGGCGCGCACCUACCUGGAGAGGAACCUGGAGGCCUUCGAGGCCUGUGGUCGCGAGGAGCUGGUCAAGCAUGGCCUGAGGGCGCUGAAGGAGAGCUUGGCGGCGGAGAAGGAGCUGACGGUAGAGAACUGCAGUGUCGGUGUGGUGGGUGUGCGUGCGGAGGGCCAAAAGGCAAUCGAAAGCUUCCACCUGUAUGAUGGGCAGGAGGUCAAGCAGUGGGUUGAUCUUGUGGCUGACGGGGGCGAGGGCGAGGGUGAGGGCGGAAUGGAAGUUGAUUCAUAA